AACUUGCUUGACUUGAAACCAGCGGCGAGGUUUAGGGUUUGGGGAACAAGUCCAGGAAACUGCGUCAACUGAUAAGACAGACGACGUAUGUAGCUUAAAAAUAAGACAACUUUUUUUUUUUUUUUCAAAGUUAUUACUAUCUUAGACUUGAGAAUUUGGAGAUAAAGCUUCGAUUUGGCGCGUGAAAUUUUUGCCUGUUGGCCCCCACCAGUACUUUACUGUAUGGUGUGUCGCCGUACACACCCUAAGUCCUGGAUAUGGCAGGUCUCUUCAGUCUGAAGAUCCUGCUGCUCUGGGCUGGAAUCAUCGGUUUAGCCAACUGUGAGAAUGCAACAGAUGUUACAACCCCCUCACCUCCACGCACCAUGACAGAUUCCACUUUACCUUCAGUAAGCAGCCAGUCUGUCAUGUCCUCACCUCCACGCACCACGGCAGUAACUCCUGUCGUGCCUUCAACCAGCUCAGCCCUCAAACCUCCACACACCUCGCCUACCCUCGCCUCAAACUCCUCAAUUCAACCAUUCACUUCCACCAACAUAUCUGACAGCUCACCCUCACUCAGCACCACUUCACCCAGCACCUCAAACCUCACGCAAAACCAGAUCUCACCUGCAGUCACCACGCCCACCACCACAGUGAACGCCUCCACCAAAGCCUCACCAGUCACUCAACCUCCACAGUGUUCUUACACUGUUACACCCAUCAAGUUUGGCCUCAAGAUUGACAUCACAAGCUCUCCCCCUAGUCUCUACACCAUAAAGAUUAAUGAAGUGGGGCAACAAGAGCCUGGAAAGACAUUCAACAAUCAAACCUAUUCACGUAACAUCACACACCUGAAGCCCUGUACUGAAUAUGAGCAUUAUGUGAUGUUUAAUGAUGGCACUGAUGGACAAACACCCUGUAACAGCACUGAACAUAAAACAAGGACAUUUAACAUGAGUCAAAGUGACAUUAAAAACGUCAGCAACACUUCACCAUGCGUCCCUGGAUCUGUUUGUUACUGGAGUGAAUGGGACAUCAGCUCCUCCAUGUCAACAUCAGAUCAUAUUACAGCUCAGUCGUGCACAAGUGACAGUAAAAUAUUCUGCAUCAAACCUGCUUUCAAUGAUAUUUGCUCAGAUUUGACCACAACCUUCACUUUAGGAAACUGUUCUUCCUUCAGACUCACCAAAAACAUCCCUGUUGGUUUCUUAAAUCCAAGUGAUAUAAAUUCAACAGUUCAAUCUAAACUUCCUGCAGAGAUAGACACAACAUUACCUUCACAGUGUCAUCUCACCACUGAUUACACCUGUCCGGAAAAUGGACAAAGCAAGGAACUGUCUGAGCUGGAGCCCUUCACAGACUACAGCUGUAUCGGCCACAUUAAGGACAUGAACAACGACACCAUAAUAAACACAACUAAUAUCCCCGUCAGGAUUAACUGUGAUCUUCAAAUAAUCAAAAAGGAGACAAGUGCAACUGACGCCUCCAUCCAUUUGAGUUGGACCACGACCAGUACCAACUGUCAUGAAGUUCUUCCAACACUUUCAAAUCUUUCUUAUGACUGCAGCUGCUCAUCUGCUCACAACAAACCUAAGGGUAAGUAUGAUUUACCAGAACGUAUUCAUUCACUGACACCAUCUAAUCCAGAGAAUAAUGAGAUUGAUGUAUCCUGUAUUUAUGCGGGACGUUUCCAUGGAAAGUACAAGAAAUACCAUGCACGUCUUUAUCUUGGUGAUGACCGUCAGCUGCUUAAAGAAGAAACAGAAAACACAUGCAAAUUUGUAUUCAAAGAUCUGAGCUAUUUGACCACCUACAGAGUGGAGGUGACUGUUUUCAAUGGACAACAUGAGAGCGACCCCGUCAUAGAGCAUGUCGACACGAAGUACAACGACAAAGCACUGAUCGGGUUUCUAGUCUUCCUCAUCAUCGUCACCUCUGUUGCUCUGCUUGUUGUCAUCUACAAGAUUUACAUUCUGAGGCGCAGGAAGUCCCAUGAUUUGAGUGAAAACCUGAUGCUUAUUUCGUCAGGAAAUGAUGAGGAGAACCUGCUGCCUGUUGAGCCGAUCGCAGCAGAGGUCCUGCUGGAAGCCUACAAGAGGAAGCUCGCUGAUGAGGGAAGACUUUUCCUGGCUGAGUUUCAGAGCAUCCCAAGAAUUUUCUCGAGGUACUCUGUGAAGGACGCCAAAAAGCCCUGCAAUGUACCCAAGAACCGCUACGUGGACAUCCUGCCAUAUGAUUAUAACCGAGUCCAGCUGACCACCGGGAAUGGAGAAGCAGGAUGUGACUACAUCAAUGCCAGCUUCAUUGAUGGGUACAAGGAAUCCAAAAAGUACAUCGCAGCUCAAGGGCCAAAGGAUGAGACUGUGAGUGACUUCUGGAGGAUGGUCUGGGAGCAGCAGUCCUCCAUCAUUGUCAUGGUCACACGCUGUGAAGAGGGAAACAGGGUCAAGUGUGCGCAGUACUGGCCGUCACCACAGCGGGAGACAGAGAUCUUUGAGGAGUUUAUUGUGAAGCUGAACUCAGAGGACCACUGUCCAGAUUACACCAUCCGACAUCUCAGCCUCAGUAAUAGGAGGGACAAGAACUCAGAGAGGGAGGUGACCCACAUCCAGUUCAUGAGUUGGCCGGACCACGGCGUCCCAGAAGAGCCACAUCUCCUGCUGAAACUGAGGCGGCGUGUCAAUGCUUUCAAGAAUUUCUUCAGUGGCCCCAUCGUCGUUCACUGCAGCGCCGGAGUCGGUCGGACAGGCACCUACAUUGGCAUCGAUGCCAUGAUGGAGGGCCUGGAGGCGGAGGGCAGAGUGGACAUCUACGGCUACGUGGUCAGACUCCGCAGACAGAGAUGUCUAAUGGUUCAAGUUGAGGCCCAGUACAUCCUGAUCCACCAGGCGCUGCUGGAGCACAAUCAGUUUGGAGAGACUGAGAUCACCCUGCCUGAGCUCCACAGCACACUGAGUACGCUCAAAGAGAAGAGCUCAGGCAACGAGCCCACCUUAAUGGAGGAUGAGUUUGAGAGACUCCCCUCCUAUAAAAACUGGAGGACAUUCAACACCGGGAUCACGGAGGACAACAAGAAAAAGAAUCGCUCUUCAUCCGUCAUCCCAUAUGACUACAACCGAGUGUUGCUGAAGCUCGAUGAAGGACACAGUCGGGAGAGUGACCCUGAUGAGGAUGAGGAGGAAGAUUCAUCAGAUGAUGAGGAGGAGGAGGAGUCCACUAAGUACAUCAAUGCCUCCCACAUAAAUGGUUACUGGGGCCCACGCGCCUUCAUCGCAGCACAGACUCCGCUGCCAGACACCAUGGCUGACUUCUGGUCGAUGGUUUACCAGAAGAAAGCGUCUACCAUUGUCAUGCUCUCAGACUGCAGUGAAGGAGAUAAGUCUGACUCUGUCUACUGGGACCAAGACAAGAAAACGUUUGGUGAAAUUGAGGUGGAGGUGGCGAGCACAGACACUUCCCCAACUCUCAUCACCCGCAACAUGCUGAUCCGUCACGUCAAGAGGAAAGAGAGUCGGCCUGUGAGACACUUCGAGUUCCUGAAGUGGUCGAGCGGAGAGCUGCCGGAGAAACCUCAGGAUCUGACGGACGCGAUCAAGGACAUCAAGCAGAGCUGUGGCAGCAGCAAAUCACAGAGGGGCACUCCUGUCGUGGUCCACUGCAAUGAUGGCUCGUCCCGUUCAGGGAUUUUCUGUGCCCUGUGGAACGUGCUGGACAGCGCCGACAGUGAGAAGCUGGUCGAUGUUUUCCAGGUGGCCAAAACUCUUCGCAAGGAGAGGCAGGGCAUGCUCUCCAGCCUGGAACAGUACCAGUUCUUGUAUGACGCACUGGAGGGGGUCUUCCCUGUCCAGAACGGGGAAGUGAAAGCACCACAGGCCUCUGCGGCCAUCGAGAUUGUCAAUGAAACCAAAGCAGCAGAGCAGCCAGCUGAAGAGAAGGACGAGCAGCCAGCCAGCACUACCAGCAACGGCCAGCAGGGAGCAGCAGAGAGCGCUCCUCUUAUGGCUGAGGGAGAGAAGGAAGUCAAAAAAGAGGAGCCUGAGGAGGUCUCCAGCACUCCCACUGAGACAGCACCUCUGGAGGACGCCAGCAACGGCUCCACUGUCACUGUGGAGGUCUGAGCGUGCUGAUGGAGGCAUGACCGUGCCUUUUUUAUUUUUUAUUUUGUGGAAAUGUGUGCUUCAGCUGAAUGCUUUUUUUUUUUUUUAAAUAUACGUCCUGAAUGUAUAAACAUUGUAAAGCUUUAACACAGUGUGGUUAUGAAUGAGAUUUGUUUAAGAAUUUGAUCAUAUGUUUUAAUGUCAAUUUCCAAAAAGAAAAAGAUCCGAACUAAGUUAUAAAUAUUUUUAUGAGUAUUUUUAUGCAAAUGAGAAUUUCUGUGAGCAAAGUUUACUGGAUGCUGCCAUCAAACUAGGGCCCUCGGAUUUACUGUAUAGUAAGACUUAAUUAAAGAGCUUAAUUUUCAUUAUACAGGAGACAAGAUGUUGUUUUAUACCCCUGUAUCUCUGGGUUUGGUCAUGUAUUCAUUUCCUCGCUAAGUAAACAGACGAUGGUCUACAUUUAUACAUACCUGGUGUAGCUGAAUAAUAUAGUCGUUGAGUUCAAAACUUGUUUUGUGACACUGUAACAUUUAUUAAAGGAGACUUCCAAAGGGAAAGACUCAUG